AGAAACAUUCGAUUGAGAACCCUGUUCUUUACAUUUAGAGACUUCAACGAAGAAGGAUCUCGAUUUAUUAGCAAGAUGGGUUUUCAAAAUAUUUGGUAUUCGCAUCCACGAAAAUACGGUCAGGGAUCUAGAUCUUGCCGUGCUUGUGCAAAUAAACAUGGACUUAUCCGUAAAUAUGGCCUGAAUAUAUGCCGACAAUGUUUCAGAGAAUAUGCGGCUGAUAUUGGUUUUAAGAAGUUGGAUUAGUACAUUAGAAACAAGUUUAACAGGAAAAACAAAUUCCAACGAUGUACCAUUAAAUGCGUCAACCCAAAUCAUUCAAAAUUUUAUUAAGAUGAUAAAUUAUCAAGAUGAAUAAACUGUUAAUUUGUAUAAAUCUAAUACAGAAAUAAACGUAAUUUCAGAAA